UUCACCUGGUCAGUCUAUGUCAUGGAAAGAGCAUGAUUUGUACACUCAGUUUAUGUCAACAAUCCUUUCUCUAACGGACCAUUCUAUGGAUUAUAUUUAGUGAAAAUCCCCAAAAGUUCUGUAUUUAUUUGGUUCUAGUUUCAUGAGGAAUCACCCCGUGCUUUGUCCACACAGGCCCAGCAGUAGAGAUACCAGUGUUUACUCUGUUUGGUGAGGGGAGGAGCAUGGCGAAAGCCCAGAAGUUCUGCAGGGAGUACUAUGAGGAACUGGCCACCAUCUUCAAUGCUGAGGACCAGAUAGCAGCUCUGAGAGCAGUGUCAGCACACAGCCUCACUGACGCUGUCUGGGUCCACCGCCAGUACCACGCCUUCUGGCCCAAACUGGGCUAUUGGAAUCCACCAAAUGCAAAGUGUGUUGUUCAUGGACAAAGAGCAAAAGUAUGGGGUUUGAGAGAUUGCACAAAUCCAUGUCAAUUUGUGUGCCAGAAAAGCACACAUUCAAACAAUUCCUCAGAGCUUAAAUAUUACAUGGGUCAAGGUUUAUUGACGUGGGAGGGGGCACAGAUGGCUUGCCGAGCCGAUGGAGAUGACUUAGCGAGAAUCCUCACCCAAGAGGAUUACACAGCAUUCCAAAGCAUAACAAAGACACAGUGGUAUGAUAUGUGGAUCGGACUCUACUGGAACACCUCUACCAGAAUGUGGCAGUGGUCCAAUGGGGACUCCUUUCCAUACUGUGUGUCUGAACCUCAACUGGGUGCUAGUAACUGUUGCUCCCUGACCCGUAAGGGCCAUGGACAGACUGAACACGCCUCCCUGGACAAGAUAGACUGCACUCUGAAGAGACCGUUCCUUUGCACUGGAAAAAAGAGAAUGAAGCAGACCAUUGUAAGGAUGUCUCUGAAAUCUAACUCAGGAGCUGACCUCAAUGACCCAGUGGUAAAGGAACAGAUGUUGGAGCAGAUCAGAAAUCAGCUGGCCAAGAACGGGAACUUCAUCCUAGACCUAUCCUGGAGAGAACUGCCUAAUGGAGAUGUUUUUCGCAAGACAGUUGAACUUGAAAGCCCUGAAGAAGGUCACUGUGGGUCUGGAUGAAGAGGACCAGCCAUGAUGCUGUAGCAGGAAAUGGAUGGAAGGUCCAAGAAAACUAAAAUAGUCAAGCUCUCUGUAAAUAACCCUUGUACCUAAUAAUAUAUUACCGUAUAUAAAUAACAUUAUCUUAGUUCACGGACAAUGUUUUUUCUUUAAUGAUUGAUAGCUUUAUGCUUUUGAAUGAGAAAUAGGAUGUCAAGUUAUGUUAGGCUAGUUUUAAACUCUACAAUGUUUUACUAUUGUAACAUCAAAUUAUAAUCUAAGAUUUUUGUUGGUGUAUGAAUGUAAUGUAAUAAUAAUGUUUGUUGUACAUAAGGGCAAUUUGAUUCAUGAAGAGAAGAGGAGUAAAACGGACAUUUGUGUUUGUUCAAGUUUGUAGUUUAAACAUGCAUAGUAACACGUUUUAGUGAGGGAUUUUCAUAGUGUAUAAUUCUUCAUAAUGAUGUUACAAACUCACUUAUGGAUGUAACUGUUG